UCACUAAUCAACAAAUAGAAGAAGGAAAAUCCAUGAUCUAGCUAGCUAGCUAGCUUAUAAGAAUCAAUGGCUACUGUAACUCUAUUUCUUUGUUGUCUGCUGGGAAGUGUUUCUCUUGUGCAUGUAUGGACAACCUUUGAUUCGACUGGUAUCACCAACUGAGCCCCCUGACACUGACCACACUGGAGAUGUCAUCUCGUUCUCUGAUGUUGGAUCUAGAGCAGGAACUGGUACUAAUCCACGAGUCUGGUAUUGCUACACCUUAGACGCUGGUGGUGUAGUGUGGCAGGGUCCUGAUGGGACUAACGUGCCCAUAGGCGUCCCGAACAAUCCCAACACAGCCGCAGUUGAUGACGAACUGGUGUUUCUGGAGUUGCCGUUGCUCUGCAUUGUGGUCCCACACACUUCAGUCCUGAUGGAGAACACUGCUGUAGGAGGUUUAGCACAGGACUGAGUAGAUGUGUCACCUUCACUCCCUGCCCCACACUGAGUCCCCUGUCUAAUGGAAUGAUCUCAUACUACCCUGGUACCGACAUGGCCACAGCCACCUACAUCUGUGACACUGGGCACACUCUGACUGGUACCAUCUCAUCCAUCACCUGUAAUAAGGCCACAAGGCAGUGGAGUAGCACUGAGAGAUCCACUUGUGAACUGAUUUGUCCAGACCUCACCAUCCCAGCACCACUUGUGUACAGUGACACCACCAUCCCCAGAGAUGAUGGCUCCAUGGCUACCUACACCUGUGACACUGGCUACCAGGUGACUGGACUGAUGAUGAGGAUGUGUAGUGUCAGUGGAUGGAGCACUGCUAUCUGUCCUGUCCUCACCCUCUCCAAUGGAUUCAUCGUCUACGAUCCAAACUCAUCCCCCGUACUAGAGGGAGCCAUGGCUACACACGCCUGUGUCACUGGGUACCAACUGUCCUUAUCCCCGGCUACUAGGAUCUGUCAGUCUGACAGAAUGUGGAGUGGAGAUGACAUCACUUGUGAACUGAUUUGCCCCAACCUUGGCGUACCAACCAAUGGAGGAGUGACCUACAGUGACACCACCAUCCCCAGAGCUAUGGACUCCACUGCCACCUAUCUGCAGGUAUUAUUUUCGUAUCCACUAUAGAGCUGGUUCUACUGCCAGAAAGUUUCCAAAAGGAGCAGAACUUCUAAAACUACUACAAUAGGAUUGCACGACUAUGGAAUUGACUGGACCCUAUCGAUCUAACAUCAAUACAAUCUAUUACGAACUAAGGGAAAAUUCGACAUUGGUGCUCGUGCCCCUGUGAAAACUGUCUCAUGCACACAAUUGCAAAUUAGUAUGGUUUAGUCUCACUCUGUCAGUACUCAUGAGAUCACAAACUUGCAACAUUGUCAUGUCAUUCUCAAAUACACUGUUUCUAGACUAGACUACUGCUCAAUAAU